AUGUAUCCGUGGAUGAGAAGCCAAUAUGGGCCAAACAGAAAGCGAGGUCGACAAACAUACACCAGAUACCAAACAUUAGAAUUAGAAAAAGAGUUCCAUUUUAACCGUUAUCUUACUAGAAGACGAAGAAUAGAGAUUGCACAUGCGCUCUGUUUGACAGAACGGCAAAUCAAAAUCUGGUUUCAGAAUCGACGAAUGAAAUGGAAAAAGGAAGCGAAAUCUCCUGACGGUGGAAGUGACGAUUUAGAGGAUGAAAAAGAGAAAUAA